UUUACAGAUUAUCAUUUCAUGAUCUGAAUCAGGAGUAAUCUCAAUAUACUGGGGUCAUAUCGAUAUCAAGACAAACUGCUAAACAAAAUGCAAGGAUCAUACUGAUGUGUUCAUUAGAAAUAAUACAGUUUUGAAAUUUUCCCCAGAAGAAGUCCCUGAUCUAACUAACAUAAUGUUUUCAAGAUUCUUCAACCUGACAGGGGUCUGUCAGCUUUGCAGGAUGAACUCCAUUAAGAAACCAUCAAAAUUCAUGACUAAAAGGACAUCAAAAUUCAGUUAUAUUUCAACACUUAAUGGGCAAAAAUAUACUCGUAGGAAAGAUUUAUUAAGUUCAGCAUAUACACCAGUUUGUUGCUUUAGUACAUCAAGAACUGUUUGGAAGCCGAGUGAUCAAGAAAGCAGUCAGGGAGAAGAAGAUUUAGAUAGCAGUAAGGCUCAGGCAUUGGAAAUUCCUGAAAGUGAUGAUGUUUUACAAGAAGAUGAGGAGUAUGAAGAGUGUCUACAGGAACAUUUUCACUUUGAUGGAGUACAUCAUUCACUAAUGGUCAUUCACCCAGCCAUCAGAUGGGGGAGAGAAAAACCACGAUCCACCACACCGGAACUCCAGCUGAGUGAGGCCUGUGCUUUGGUUCAUUCUCUGCCAAAAUGGAGAGUUGCAGAUACGAAAAUCAUAAAAGUAAAGAGUCAUCGAGGCUUUAUAUUCAUGAAGGGACAAUUAGAGGAAUUAACGAAGCUGAUCAAAAGUCGCACAGACAUCUCAGCAGUGUUUGUCAAUGUGGACGUCUUGAAAAUCAAUCAAGUGGCAAUGCUGCAGGGGUCCUGGAAACUGCCUGUAUUUGACAGGUAUACUCUUGUUCUCCACAUAUUUAAAGAAUAUGCACAAACCAGAGAGGCCAAACUCCAGAUUGCUUUAGCAGAGAUUCCCUAUAUCAGGGGUCGUUUGGAGCAGAUAAAUGAAGGUCAACAUGACCACCUGACUGGGAAGACCCAUUAUGUUGUGUCCGGUGGAUUCAGAUUCACCUACAUACAGAAAAGACAGGCUUUAGUCUCGGCAAGGGAGAGGAGACUGAGAGGAGAAUUAGAGAAAGUCAAACAACAGAGAGAAAUUCUGAGGAAGAACAGAAUCAAACAACAGUACCCUACUGUAGCCGUGGUGGGGUAUACAAACUGUGGGAAGACAACUCUGAUAAAAGCCUUGACAGAGGAUGAGUCUCUAACACCGGAGAAUCGCCUGUUUGCGACACUAGAUGUCACUGUUCAUCAGGCUUACCUGGCUAAUAUCCACAAAGUUCUUUUUAUUGAUACUGUUGGUUUUAUAUCGGACAUCCCAGAUAGUCUUAUGGAUGCUUUCUCUGCCACCUUAGAGGAUGCGUUAAUAGCAGAUGUUAUCCUUCAUGUCAGAGAUUCUAGUCAUCCAGAUCUGGUGGCACAAAAUGAAAAUGUUAUAGACACACUGGGGAAACUACUACCAGAGGAGAAGCUGCAGAAUAUGCUGGUAGUCAACAAUAAAUGUGAUCUUUUAAGUGAGUAUGAGAGCUCAGAAGACCUGUAUAUAUCAGCAGUGACUGGUACAGGAAUAAUUGUCCUGAAAAAGAAGCUGGAGGAGACAAUCAUUAAGAGUACUGGGAGAAUGAGGAAAACCUUCAGGAUACCUGUGGGAGGGGAACACUUAAGUUGGUUGUAUAAAAAUGCCACAGUGCUUUCAACAAGAGACGGUGAGGAUGGACAUUCCUAUUUAGUGGAGACAAUUAUCAAUACUGCAGCUUAUGAGAAAUUUAAACAUCUUUUCUCCAAAAAUAAAAGGAAAUCUUGAUGCUUAACUAUUUUUUUGAAUUUAUUUGUUGCUAUGAGCUUUCAAUAUGCCAAAGAAUUUUUGUAAUUUACUUUUUAAAUUCUCUUGUAAUAAACAAGAGUGCCUGACAGUAAA